AUGGCAGCACUCCACCUAGGAGUAAGUCUCCUAUGUAUCAAAGACGACUCUAAUCUGGUGGUCAAGCAGACCAAUGGAGACUAUGCUAUCAAAGAGCCCCCUUUGGCUUCAUACAGAACCAUCGUCCAAAGGUUGACAGACAAAUUCGACACGGUAAGGAUAGAACACGCUCCUCGCUCUAACAAUCGACACCCGGACGCCCUCGCCACCUUGGCCUCAAAGGUGGAAUUCUCGGAAGAAUCAACCAAGAUAGAAGUCUUGAAACGCUCCGUGCCAUGUUCAGUAACAACUAUCUUCCCUGAAAAAGAACUCGCCGAUUGGAGAGCCCCAAUCGUCGAUGAGCUCCGUGCCCCCUCAGGUAAACUACCUUUGAGUGAGACCAAACACUUCACAAUUUAUCAAGGAGUCCUCUACUAUAGAGGGCCUGGUGGUUUAUUGGCACGAUGCAUUGACCUUAUCGAAGCCAAGUCCAAAUUAGAAGGGGUGCACAACCGCUCAUGCGGGACAGGAGAUGUAAGCCUCUACAGGAGGCUACAACGACAAGGAUAUUAUUGGCCUACCAUGGCCAAGGAAGCGAAUGACCUUCAAGGGAAGUGCACCAAAUAUCAAGAAUUCCCUCCAAAGGCUGAAUGCAACUUCACAGAAAUCACCUCCGACUGGCGUCAGGUAUACAUAGAUUACCUCAAAGAAGAAUCAUUGCCACCAGAACGCUCUGCAGCCACAACAAUCAAGAAACGAGCUCCGAAAUUCUUUUUGCAAGGAGAGCAACUUUUCAGGCAUGGCUUCGAUGGAAAGCCAUUACGUUGCUUGUCAGGAGCUGAAAUCCAUAAAGUUUUGGAACUUACUCAUGGAUCAGAGCACCAAGGCGGAGCGAAACUAUUUCAACAUCUUCUACAUUUAGGGUAUUAUUGGCCUACCAUGGAGGCAGAUGCUAAAAUGUAUGCCAAACGCUGCAAGCCUUGCCAACUCCAUGGAAACCUCAUUCAUGCACCCGCCACUGAUUUACAUAGUUUGAGCCCACCAUGGCCUUUCCACACAUGGGCUAUGGACCUCAUUGGCCCCAUCUCUCUGCCAUCAAGGGGACACAUAUGGAUUGUAACGGCUACAGAGACCUAUACUAAAUGGGUAGAAGCCAUCCCUCUAAAAAAGGCAACAGGAGCUGCUAUCUCCAACUUCAUUCGAGAAUUCAUCAUAUGUCGUUUCGGCAUACCUAGAGUAAUUCUUUCAGACAAUGGGACCCCUUUUGUCAACCGCCAAGUCGGACAACUCCUUGUCUCCUAUGACAUCACGCACCAUAAAUCAACUCCUUACUAUCUCCAAGGGAAUGGGCAAGCAGAAGCGACCAACAAAACACUCCUUAGAAUCCUUUCACGGACUCUCAAGGAUUAUCGAAGGCAUUGGGCGCACGUACUCCCAAUGGCGCUCUGGGCUUACAGAACAUCCAAAAGACGGCCGACUCAAAUGACCCCAUUCUCAUUGUAUACGGCACGGAAGCAGUUCUUCCAGUGGAAAUUGCCAUACCCUCAGCUCGCAUGGCCCUCCGAAGUGAAGUUACUCCUGACUCCAGAUCCUAUGAAUUGGAGAUCCUUGAUGAAAGAAGGGACAAGGCCCUGGCUAACCUCAAAGUUUACCAAAGUCGCAUAG